AUGGGGAAUAAGCGUGAGGAGUCAGAGAUGCGUGUGCAGUUGCAGGGCUACGAUCUUGUUGGGAUCACGGAGACGUGGUGGGAUGGCUCCCGUGACUGGAGCGUUGCAAUGGAGGGCUACGGGCAGGCUUUAGGAAGGACAGGCCGGGAAGAUGAGGAGGGGGAGUGGCCCUUUUAUAUAGUCACCCAAGAUAAGAAAAUCGGCCCUAGAAAAGUGCCACCCUGCCUCCGCAAGGUGGCCGGCGGCGAUCUGGCGGCCCAACGGGCGCCGCGGAGGGCCUGGCCGAGUGGAGGAAGCGCGGGGGCGACAACGGGCCUUGUCGUGGCUGACGAGAUUAUUGGGGCGCGGGCCGCCCGGCCCGGUGGCGCCACUACUGUCUUCGGAAAGGUCAUCGGCAAGGCGCUUCCCGCCAACGUCAUCUACGAGGACGAGGAGUGCCUUGCGUUCCGUGAUCUUUCACCCCAAGCUCCGACGCUUUUCCUAGUCAUGCCUAAGGAGCCAAUUAUCAGGUUAUCUGAAGCGGAAGAUUCUGGUGAAUCUCUUCUUGGGCAUUUAAUGAUUGUUGGCAAGAAGCGUGCUGCUCACCUGGGCCUGACCAAUGGAUUCCGGAUGGUUGCGGAUGAAGGGCCCGAGGGUGGGCAGUCUGUCUGUCACGUACGUCUACGUAUUCUGGGUGGCUGUCAGUUGGGCUGGCCGCCUGGCUAAGAUUUUUGCACCGCAAGAGUUGCUGCACGUGUACAAAUCGCCACUGAAUGGAUUUUGUCUGUUGCCCGUCAGUCUAGCCACUGUUGAUGUCUAAUUUUCUGUGACGUGUGUCUGUGGAAGGUAAUAAAAGCUUUGAGCAGCAGUUGCACAAUAAAGAUUUAGCAUGGGGAUAUCA